UCAAACCGAGUCACGUUCCACCAACUCACCCUCCCACCCAUCAAAAUUUCAAGCUACCACCACAGACAGACCCACAAAACUGAUUAAAAAAAAAACCAUGGAUUUCUCAGAACAAGACGUAGAUAUCUUCGGAGAAGACUACGAAAACGAACGACCAGAUGGUGGGGCCCACUCAUCGUCGCCAUCAUCAUCGUCGUCCUCUUCUUCCUCCUCGUCUUCAUCGGCAGCAUCAUCGUCAUCGUCCUCCGCUUCUUCAUCCAACGGCGGAGCUUCAAGCAGCCCCAGUAGGAGCGUGAGCAGUGGAAAAGAGCAAGAACAAGAAGUAAUAGGAGUAGAGGAGAACGGCGAUGAAGAGGUAGAGAUUAACAGUAGAGACUUUCAUGGCUACCAAGAAGACGAUAGAGAUCUGUUUGGCUCUGAUAAUGAAGAUUACUGCAAAACCACUGCGAUUAGUCCUUUCUCUAUUCCUGUGUUGCCUGCUGUACGCAAUCCUAACAACCACAGUAGAGGUGGGCGUGGCCGUUGGCAAAAUGAUAGAGGAGGACCAGGCCUCCUUCCUCGACCUGGACCUUUUCCUCAGAGACAGAACUUUGGUUUUGGUUCUAAGUUUAUGAAUGGUCGUGAUGAACGUUUUGUUUCUGAACUAAAGCUUUCAAAGAGUGAAGAAACAUUAUCAAGAAAAUGUAUUAAUAUUCAGGAGCCAUGCGAACUUGCUUGCUAUAGUCGUGUAGAAGGGGGAGACGUGCACUUCGAUGAUCGCAGCUUGAGGCUUUUUAAACGUCUAAUUUCUGAAGAUGUUGGAGCUGAUCUGAAUGAAGGUUUUGAUACCUUUAUUGAAAAAAAAGAUUUGGGCUCUGAAGGUUUUGGUGAUCUUCUUGGUUGCAUAAGAGACAAAAAAAUUCCUCUUCAAAACAUGCAUUUUGUGACUUUUCGUAACAACCUUAAUAAGAUAUUAUCUGCUGCUUAUCUUCGAGAGCCUUGGGAGAUGGGUGUGCAUAAGAGGAACGGGGUCAUCUAUCUUGAUGUACAUAAGCUUCCAGAAAGGCCAAAAAGUGAAUUGGAACGUCGAAGAUGUUAUUGGGGAUACUGUUUUGAAAGCCUUGCCACUGAAGAUCCAAGAAGAGCUGAUGGAGAAGGGAUACAUCACAUUGAUGCUAACGUAGAAUAUUGUUCUGUGGUUAAAACAAAACUAGGGGCUCAUCGUAUUUUGAUGGGUGCUGAAAUGGAUUGCUGUGAUUCAACUGAUGAUGGAAGGAGGUUCUAUGUGGAGUUGAAAACAAAUCGCGAGUUGGAUUAUCAUACUGAGGAAAGAUAUGAGAAAGAGAAACUGCUCAGGAUUUGGAUUCAAUCUUUCCUAGCAGGUGUUCCUUAUAUUGUUAUUGGAUUUAGGGAUGAUGCUGGCCGACUUGUCCGAACAGAGAGACUAAGAACCAAAGACAUAACACAGCGAGUGAAAAUGAAGAACUAUUGGCAGGGAGGAGUCUGCCUAGCAUUUGCUGACGAGGUAUUAUGCUGGCUUUAUGGAACGGUCAAAGAGAAUGAAGAUUACAUAUUGCAAUUUGCUCACCCUUACACCCGAUUAGAGCUUCUGCAAGCCCAAUCUUGCCCAGAUGUAAUUACUAAACAUGUCGAACAAUUGUAAACAUUUUGUAGACUUCCCACUGUUCUAUACAGCACACAGAGAAAGAAAUGGAGUGGGGCUAAGUAAUUAACUUAAAUUAUGACUCAAUUUUAUCGUCAUUUUGAGAAACAAAAGCAUGCUUUUAUCAGAUUACCUCUUCACUAAGUUACCCCAAAAUGGAGGUCGAAAAGUGCGGACUACUGUAAUUUGUAAGGUCAGCUAAACUUAUAAAUGAAGAGAAUCGAAAAAAAUUUUCCUGUCUUUUUA